AUGUCGUUUUUCUCCCGUAUCACAGUGGCAUCGUUGUUCUCGGCCGGUCUAUAUGUGGUUGUUCAAGCAGCCGAACCCGGCGCAGAACCAUUCGUUCAAGGAACAUUGACACUAAAUGGGAAAACGUACCGAGCAGUAUGCAACUGCAAUGAAGGCGUGACGGAUGUUGAGAGGACCCUAGCCCAGAUCGCUCCACUUUGCAAUCCGAGCAAAGUGAAAAUACAUCAAGAUCACUCUUCUACAAUCGGACUCAAUGCAGCUGAAGUGCGGGCGAACUGGGGCCAACCAUCCGAUGUUACCUUUGGACGGGUAAAAGAACAACAUUUUUCAUGUAUGGACGACCGUGUCACGGAGGCGUCCUUGAGCACUCCUGGCGGUGACCUUGGUGAAUUUGCUCUGGCUCUUGCUGCCAGUGGUAUUCCAUAUGAUGAGGCAACAGCAACGGCGUUGCUGAGCAACUAUGUGGCCAGCAUCCCGUCGAACCGGCUCUUCUACCAUUGCACUGAUGAAGUGGCAUUGUCUAGCUUCGACCGUUCUCUUGGCAUCGUGAGUAUAACAGUGACACACAUGGAAAGCAGAUUCAGAGCCGCUUUGUAG